AUGAUCCCAUUGAUUCAAUUUUCUCUGUGCUCACUCUUUCUUCUGGGUUUUUAUGAAGCGGCAGAGACAGCUGAGACGAUUCCAAAUUUUUCGAUCUCAAACAGCGAUAUCUUGAAGUUAGCUGAUCAGUUGAGAGCACAAGACGAGAAUAAAGCGAAGAAAGGACAGAUUAUCGUGAAUUUCCAAGGCCACACCUCAACCCGUGACAGUCAGGAUAACGCUGAUGGAAAAUUUUUCACGAAAGUCGAUCAAUCUCUCCUCCGGAAAUCAACUUACGAGCAAUUCUUGAAAAUGUGCAACAAUUUCGAGCGCCAAACCGGAAUCAAAGAGCCGAAAGUGACAAAUCAAGAAGAAAAAACGGAAACCACUCAGUUUAUCGAUCUCGUUUUCCAAACGAAACCCUGGAAAACGUUGUACGAGUAUUUCCACAAGAAUCAACACCCAUUUGCUUCGGAUCCUACCACAUGGCGUUACUGGAUUGCUCAACUUUGGUUCGUGCAUUACUCUAGAGCUCGUGGCUUGGCGGAUACCUCCGGUUUCGAGCACGUUUUCAUGGGAGAAGCAAAAAAUGGAGAAGUCUCCGGGAUGCACAAUUGGAUUCGCAUGUAUUAUUUGGAGAGAAACUCCACUGAACAAUUCGACUACAAAGGAUUUCUCGUAAAACGAGGAAAUUUGAUGGGCGCACUCAAAUUCUCGUGGCACAGCGAGAUGAAACGCUCGGGAUCGCUGUUGAUUGGAACGAGUCCCGAAUUCGAUUUGGCUCUCUACACAAUGUGCUUCCUUUCGAGGAGGGGAAGACAGACUUGUGAUGUCGAAAUUGAUGGAUGCAACUUGUCGAUCACGAGCUACGAUAUCAGCCAGCAGGGAAAGAUUUAUAUCGGCUCGAUUUUUCCAAGUGCUGGCCGAAUGAACGACAAAUGUCGCCAAAUGAAUAACAACAAU